CAAAUAAAAAGACACACUUGACACAGAUGCGCGUCUGUGUCAAGUGUGUCAAGUGCAGUGAGGUUUUCAGCUCACUUGGAAAACAUGAACAUCACCGACACCAGCUGCAAGGUAGAGCACCUCCAGGGUUUGGCUUACACUCUUUUGUUCCUCCUUGGUUUCCUCAUCAACGCUGCAGCUCUGCGCGCCUUCAUCGCAAAGCGAGACUCCUGGACGGACACCCACAUCUACAUGUUCAACCUGGCUAUAGCUGACUCUGCCCUCGUCCUCUUCCUUCCCUUCAGGAUCUUCGACGCCUACUUCUGCCUGCCAAAGACCACCUUGUGUACUUUCCUCAUGAACGUUCACUUCACCAACAUGUACGCCAGCAUCAUGACCACGACCGCCAUCAGUGUCCACCGCUACCUGGCUGUGAGGUUCCCCCUGCAGGCCCGAUGGUGGAGGAGGAAGAAGAUGGUAGCUGUUGCCGUGUGCGUGGUUAUUUGGGGACUUAUGGUGACAGGAUCUGUGGUUUUCCGAAAGGAGAACUACCCGGAGAAACUCUGGACGUGUUAUGAAAGAUGCAAGAAUCUCCCGCUUCAUAUACAGUCCAUCCUGAUUAUGGUCAUCCUCGGCUUCCUCACUCCACUGGUGAUCAUUUUCUUUUGUUCCAGUCAAAUCAUCUCUAUUCUGUCAAAGACGGAUGACAAGUCAGAGGAAAAGAAAAGCAUUGUUGGUCUGGUUUCAGCAAACAUGAUCGUGUUCAUCGUCUGCUACACACCGAUCCACAUUGGCUUCCUCGUCAACUUCUUUUCCACUCCACCUCCAAACUGGCAGCUUGUAAAUUUGCCUGCACAUGUAUAUUUACUUGUGUGUGAAUGGAUUGCCGCCACAAACUGCUGCUUUGAUUCCAUCAGCUAUUAUUUCUUGUUGAAACACUUUUAUUCAUAAGUCAGUGUUAGCAUAAAAGAAGUGCUCCACAGAAGUAAAAUCAAAAAAUCACUUUCAUGAUGUCAUCAAGGUCGUCUCUGUUUGGGCUUGAGACUCUUUGGGGAGGAUGAAUGAAAAACACUGUUGAUUUAUGGGAAUUGUAGGAUCCAGUGUUUCUGCAGCUUGAUACAGUCAAGGGUCUAAAAUUUAGGAUGUUACAACCUCCACUGCUUUGAUUUAGACAUUUUUUCAAAUUAAUCUUUCUUUUGUGAGAUCCCCAAUUUUAUCAUUUAUGCAACACAAAAAAUCUUGGGUGGCCCUUUAAAUUAGCUUAAUGCUAACCCUUUAAUUAGCACCAUGCCAUAAGUGUCUGAUACGAAGGAGUAUUAGUGAAACACGAAAGAAGAAAAAUCUUAGAUCUCGAAAGAAAAGCAAUAUCAUGAGAAUAAGGUCAUAUUCCACGUGUCAUGUUAGAGGAGAAAUAUCAAAGGAUCAUCUUAUCGCCUUAUCGAAUGAGGAAUAUUGAGCAUCCUAUUAAAUUAGCACAAAUAAUUAAAUAUUUAAUCUUUAGGCAUCACAUAAUCAGGGCUUUGAAGAAAUUGUGCAAGAAACUGAGUCUAUGCUGACAGAAGAACCACACAGACCAGGAGGGAAUUGCCUGUUUUGUGAUGGAGGAAAUGUUUGCCGGUGUUCGACUGUGAGGUAAAUAAGAGGGUUCGUAGCUUCUCACGAAAACAAUGGUCCACGGGUUUGGAUCCAGAAGGAGUAGAACUUCGGCAAGCACAGUAAUAUUAUGACUUUUCUAAUUAAAAUACAUAUGGCCCUAAUACUCUGUCGUAAUCUGGCCUUGCUUGUGAUGAUUAUUAUUUUACAUUUUUGUAUGAUAUGAUUUAUUCUCAGAAAAUGUAAGUUAUGUAUAUUACUAAAGUAAAAAUCCAGUUUUCCAUGUGA